UGGGGUCCCCAACUAUUGUUACCAGUCUACAGCAGCUUGUCAGAGUCCCCCUGCCAUCAGCCCUUGAACCAUUGGCAGUUGGUUGGUCCGCCUACCUGAUUAUGACAUAGAGUCCAACUUUAACCACAGUGACCUGUUUGUAGUUAAAGAUAAACAGCACAAAGGGCGCUUUGGGCCAGCCUCUCCCACUACUUGCUAUAUAAACCCCCGCCUGCCCCCCCCGACCACUCCGAGACAACAACAGCCUAGCGACAUGGCUAUCGUGGCCGCCGGUGUUUCGGUGCCGCUGCUGGGCGUCGGCCUGCUUCUGGUUGUGGCGGCGCUCACGUACAAACAGCUGAGCACGUAUCUGAAAAACUGGAUGGUCAUGAAGCCCAUCCCGGCCGUAAGCCGCACGUAUCCCUUCAUUGGCAACGCGCUGGAUUUGAAAACCGACGCGGUCGAAUUCUUCCAGCAAAUUCAGGGUUAUGCAGAAGAAUUCCGCAAUAUGCCGCUGAUUAAACUCUGGCUUGGGACCGUGCCAUGUGUGAUUCUUUAUCAUGCCGAGACUGUCGAGCCAAUUGUGAGCAACCCUGUUCACAUGGAUAAAUCUAUCACUUACAGCUUCCUCCAUCCCUGGCUCGGAACCGGUCUGCUCACCAGCACAGGCCCAAAGUGGCGCCAGCGGCGUAAGAUGCUGACGCCCACGUUCCACUUCACCAUUCUGCAGGACUUCCUGGAAGUGAUGAACGAACAGGCCGAGGUUCUGGUGAACAAGUUGGCCCCCCAGGCGGGCAAAGGCCCCUUCAACUGCUUCAACUACAUCACGCUGUGCGCCCUGGACAUCAUCUGUGAAACUGCUAUGGGAAAGAAAAUCUACGCACAAAGCAAUUCUGAGUCUGAGUAUGUCCAAAGUGUCUACAAAAUGAGUGACAUCAUCAGCCGCCGACAGAGGGCGCCAUGGUUCUGGCCCGACUUCACAUAUAAAUACUUUGGCGAGGGUAACGUGCACGAGAGCACGCUCAAAUUGCUACAUUCAUUCACGUAUGAGGUGAUUCGGGAGCGAGCUGAGAGUCUCAAGAAGGAGGACGAAUCCGAGACCAGGAAGAGGCGAGCGUUCCUGGACAUGCUGCUCAAGACCAAAGACGAGGACGGAAACUCCAUGAGCCAUCAGGACAUCCAGGAGGAAGUGGACACCUUCAUGUUCAGGGGCCACGACACGACGGCAGCCGCGAUGAACUGGGCCGUUCAUCUGCUGGGCUCUCACCCCGACGUGCACCGCAAAGUUCAACGCGAGCUUCGGGAAGUGUUUGGUGCGUCGGACCGCGCGGCCAACAUGGAAGACCUGAAGCAGCUCAAGUACUUGGAGUGCGUCAUCAAGGAGGCCCUACGCCUCUUUCCCUCCGUACCUUUUUUUGCACGCAGCCUCUGUGAAGAUGCCAAAAUCAACGGUUUUAAAGUGCCCAGCGGCACCAACGCCAUCAUCGUCACCUACGCUCUUCACCGGGAUCCUCGCUACUUCCCUGAGCCCGAGGAAUUCCGGCCCGAACGCUUCCUGCCGGAAAACGUGACAGGGAGACCGCCGUACGCGUACAUCCCCUUCUCUGCCGGACUUCGCAACUGCAUCGGUCAGCGCUUUGCCCUCAUGGAGGAAAAAGUGGUGUUAUCUUCCAUUUUGCGUAAUUUUAACGUCAAAACUAGCCAGUCACGUGAAGAGCUGAGUCCGACGGCUGGGCUCAUCCUGCGGCCCGAAAGCGGCAUCUGGAUACAGUUGGAAAAAUGCGACAAAGCCCAGACAAAUCUUUCAAAAUGUUUGUGAAAGGAUGAAAUGUAGGCAAUGAAGUUUUUUUUAACAAUAGUUUUCCUCAAUACCAAGUGCUGGAUGUAAAUUUCUUUCUGCAUUAAUUCAACAUGAAAAAAUAUUUCCCCAAGUCAUAGUCAAAUUUAGAUCGGAAAUUGAAUUGAAUUUUUCUACAUAGCCAUUUUUUGUAUUCUAAUUUAAAAAUUGUUUGGUGUAUAUACUGAAUUACAUGAAAACAAAAUCAA